CAGCAGCCCACCACGAUGCGUGUCAAUGCCGCGCUCGCCUUUGCAGCGUGUCUUGCCCCGAUCGCUGCCAUUUUCGAGGACGAUGCAUACCAUAUAGACUUCCAUUAUGCCCUCCUGGGCUACCCGAAACCUGAGGCCACCUUCUUCCAGAAACCUUAUGCUGCCAGCAAAGCGUCCCUUCUGUACACCGUCUCCGAGAAUGGAACCAUCGGCGCAAUCAACCCAAAGGAUGGCGCAUUGGUGUGGCGCUCGGAUCAGGGUAUAAGUGGCAACGGUCACCUCAGGGCCGGCGAAGACCAAGACACUGUCAUCAGCGCAGUGGGCAAUCGCAUAGCUGCAUGGAGCGCUUCGGACGGAAGGAUUGUCUGGGAAACCAGCAUCGAUGGCGCAAUCGCGGAGGACCUGGAGAUCCUAGAACAGGAGGACGGCAUAUCGAACAACGACGCCAAAGAUGCCAUCGUACUUGUCGCCCACGGCAGCAGCGGCGUGAAGCGGCUGGACGGCAAGACCGGCCGUGUUAAGUGGACGUUCGAAGACACGAGCGGCGACACUCCGUUCCAGGUCUCAUCCUCGCCCACGACCAUCUACUACAUCGCCCUACACUCGCCCCUUCUCGGAGGGGGCUCGAAGAUUAGGGUCACCUCAUUAAGCCCGAUAACCGGCAAGAAGCUCGACUCGUACACGCUGAGCUCCGAAGGCGAAGUGUAUACCAAGGAGAAUAUCCUGUUUGCUGGAGCGAACACCGCAGCACCUAUUCUGGCUUGGACGGAUAAGGCGUAUAAAGUCUUGAAGGUCAACAUCAUAGGGACCAAAGGCGUUUCGAGCUUCAAUACGCCAGCAAGCGAGAGCAUUGAAUCGAUUGUACUCCAUGCACCGCGAAAGGUCAACUCUCUGCCACAUUUCCUUGCAGAGUAUCAGACAGCCACCGGACAUUCGGCCGAGGUCUACCACGUUGACUUGAAGAAAAACGCUAUUUCUCAGGCCUACAAACUCCCGCUGCUCCAAGGCAAGGGCACUUUUGCCACCAGUACAACAGAUGCCAACGUGUUUUUCACGAGGAUUACCUCCGACGAGGUCUCAGUCGUUGCAUCAGUAUCCGAUGGAGUUCUUGGAAAAUGGGCAGUCAAUGGUUCUCCAUCUCUCGCUGGCGCCUACCCUGUGCACGGCGUAGCUGAAGUGGUUGUCAAAGGCAACUCUGCAUCCGCUAUUCGAUCUGCGGCACUCUUUUCUAACGGUCAGUGGGCGCUUAUUCGAAACAGCGAAAUCGCGUGGAACCGGCCCGAGUUCCUAUCUGGCACUGUCUCGGCUGUCUGGGCGCAGCUUCCGGAAGAAGAGUCUCUGGCUCAGCAGCUCGAAGAAGAGCAUCACCAGGACGUCAUCAGCGCAUAUAUCCAUCGUGUGCAGAGGCAUCUGCGUGAUCUAGAACAUUUUCCGGCCUGGCUGCAGAACCUGCCAAACAGGAUCCUGGGCAGCGUCACUGACCAAUCAGGCAGCAGCACGAUCGAAGAGAUUCAGCACGAUACUUUCGGCUUCCACAAGCUGGUCAUUUCCGCCACCGAGAGGGGGCGCUUGUCUGCGCUCGAUGUGGGUUCUCAAGGCAAGAUUGUGUGGAGUAUCGACCUCCACCAAUUCGCACCAGGUGCUGUCAUUACACGCCCAUCAUUAAAAGCGUUCCGUGGCUUUGUUGAAGUCAAAGAUCCUGGCUUGACUAGCCCAUUGUUCAUCAACUCGACUACCGGUAGUCAGGUAUCUUUGGAACAUGCGCACAACCAGUGGCUUCCAAACUUGGAUCAGGAGACACUCGUGACUUACAAGCUUUCGGAAGGCGAGCUUCAAGGUUUUCUAGGUACCGAAUCUACUGCGCAAGCUGUGUGGACUUUCACGCCUCCUCCAGGAGAGAAGAUUGUUCGUUACACUGCCCGGCCAGCAAAAGACCCCGUGGCAUCUAUCGGUAAAGUCUUGGGAGACCGCAGGGUUCUCUACAAGUACUUGAACCCGAACCUAGUCCUUGUUACAGCUGUUGCCGAGGCCGGACGUCGGGCUUCGGUUUACCUUGUAGAUUCCGCCUCUGGACAGUUGCUUCAUACGGCUUCGCACUACGGUGUAGACGUCUCUCGAUCCAUCCCUUCGACCUUCUCCGAGAACUGGUUCAGCUAUUCCCUUACUCUGGACUCUACUUCCAAGGCAUCGCGUGGCUAUCAGCUCGUCGUUUCUGAGCUCUUUGAGUCUCCUCUACCCGACGAUAGGGGACCACUCGGAGACUCUGCCAACUCCUCCACAGUCCUGCCAAUGGGUGAGGCUGCGAAGCCCCAUGUUAUCUCGCAGAGUUUCCAGAUUCCAGAAGAAAUUUCUCAUAUGACUGUCACACAGACACGGCAGGGCAUCACUAGCCGCGAGUUGAUCGUUACCCUGCCAUCUUCGAACUCAAUUGUAGGUAUUCCUCGCGGAGUGAUCGAUCCCAGACGUCCCGUUGGCCGCGACGCUACUGCUCAAGAGCAGUCAGAAGGUCUCGUCAAGUAUGCGCCCAUGGUCUUGUUCGAUCCCAAGUGGCACUUGAACCACAAAUACGAGGUUGCCGGCAUAAAAGACGUCAUCACUAGCGAGAGCGGCCUUGAGAGUACCAGUUUAGUAUUCGCUUACGGAAAAGAUAUCUUUGGGACGAGAGUCGCGCCGUCCUUCACUUUCGACGUUCUGGGCAAGGGUUUCAACAAAGUGCAGAUGUUGCUCACUGUCGCGGCGCUGUUCGUUGGAGUGUUGUUUGUAGCACCGCUAGUUCGGAGAAAGCAGAUUAACUCUUUGUGGACCGUACCACAGUGAGUGGUUGGAGGGAAAUAAGUCAGAUCUAGAAGACAAGUGCAAGACAUGUAUGAUGCGCUCGAGGUGGACAUCUACAAAUGAUGCAGUGUCCACCCAAAGGAUACCCAUGGGGAGUGCGAGGUCGCAGGAAGGCAAGCGCUCGCGGAUGAGGCGGAAGCUACAAGUGGGAAAACACCAGGUAUAUACGUAGCGUAAAUGUAUAUGCUGUCGAAUCUACGCCAUUUUGAUGCCG